AUGAUAGAGCUAUCAAACACAUUCAGAUUCCAAUCCCAUAACCUCUCAUCUUUCACACCCUUCUCUCCUAUAAACAACAACCCUUUCAAAAAUCAUCUACUCAACCAUAAACCAAAGACAACGAAACUAACGAUCACUGCAGCGAGAAAAGCACCUAUCGAAGGGGUUAGUCAAGAGUUGAAUGAUAUAGCUUCUUAUAACCUUGAUUUUGCAUACUCCCGAAGAACAGUUCGUGCUGCUUUUACUCAGGUUCAACAACAGCUUGAUCAUUGCUUGUUUAAGGGCGCUCCUGCUGGAAUUAGAACAGAAGAAUGGUAUGAAAGGAAUUCUAGAGGAUUGGAAAUUUUCUGCAAAAGCUGGAUGCCAGAGACUGGAACUCUAAUCAAGGCUUCUGUUUGUUUUUGUCAUGGAUAUGGUGAUACUUGCACAUUCUUCUUUGAAGGUGUAGCUAGGAGAAUCGCUGCAUCUGGGUAUGCUGUUUUUGCUAUGGACUAUCCAGGCUUUGGACUUUCAGAAGGAUUACAUGGCUACAUACCUAAUUUUGAUGACCUUGUUGAUGACGUUAUAGAGCAUUAUACUCAAAUAAAAGCAAGGCCUGAUAUGAGAGAGUUACCUCGAUUUCUGCUGGGACAGUCAAUGGGUGGGGCGGUUGCGCUAAAAGUUCAUUUGAAGGAACCAAACAAUUGGGAUGGAGUGGUACUUGUAGCACCAAUGUGUAAAAUUGCAGAUGAUGUGUUACCACCAGAUGCAGUUAUGAAGGUGUUAACUAUUUUGUCAAAAGUGAUACCAAAGGCAAAACUCUUCCCAAACCAAGACCUAGCUGAACUGGCCAUCAGAGAACCGAGCAAAAGAAAAUUGGCUGUUUACAAUGUUAUCUGUUAUGAGGAUAAUCCACGAUUGAGAACUGGCAUGGAACUUUUAAGGAUCACAAAGGAAAUUGAGACACAAGUAGAGAAGGUGUCAGCACCAUUAUUGAUUCUUCAUGGAGCUGCAGACAAGGUGACAGAUCCAUUAGUGAGCCAAUUUCUUUAUGAAAAUGCAUCUAGCAAGGAUAAGACUUUAAAGCUAUAUGAAAAUGGUUACCACUGCAUUUUGGAAGGGGAACCCGAUGAUAGAAUAUAUGCUUUACAUGGUGACAUUGUCUCAUGGCUUGAUUUUAGAGUCAAAUAA